GUCUCCUUAGGUCGUGGCCAGAGGCGGAGACCAGAGCUCAGGGACCCUCCGCGAGAGCACGAGCGCACUGGCCUCCCGGGAAGGGAUGGAGGCCGGCGGGGCUGCAGGACAGCCGGGGGACAUCGUCCAGGUGACAGUGAAAGAGGAGGACCACGCUUGGGGCCCGGAGCCCUGCCGGCCGAGGGGCGUGUCUUGCCCUAGGGAGCUCUCGCGGCAGCGCUUCAGGCAGUUCUGCUACCGGGAGACCCCGGGGCCCCGGGAGGCGCUGCGCCGGCUCCGCGAGCUCUGCCGCCAGUGGCUGCGGCCGGAGACCCACAGCAAGGAGCAGAUCCUGGAGCUGCUGGUGCUGGAGCAGUUCCUGGCCAUCCUGCCUGAGGAGCUGCAGGCCUGGGUGCGCGAACAGCAUCCAGAAAGUGGGGAGGAGGCAGUGACUGUGCUGGAGAACUUGGAGAGGGAGCUGGAUGAGCCUAAGCAGCAGGUGUCACAGGACAUUUAUGAGGAAGAAAUUCCUGCGGAAAAAAUGACUCCUCUGGAUUCUGCACAAGAGUCCAUGAGUAUUGAACUCCAGCCUGCAGAAGGUGGAAUGGAAUGUGAUUCUCCAGAACCACACCCUCUUCAAGAUAAUGGGUCAUUUUUGUGGCUUUCCAUGAUGUCUCGAAGCAUGGGUGAUGAUAACCUCAGUAGCUUAGAUACUAAUGAAGAAGAAAUUGAACCAGAAAACAUGAGAGAAAAAUUCUUCAAAAGCUUAGCAGUAUUAUUGGAAAACAAAAGUAAUAAUACUAAGAUAUUUUCUAAAGCUAAGUACUGUCAAUUGAUAAGAGAAGUAAAAGAUGCUAAAGCUAAGGCAAAACAGGAGUCAGUUGACUACCGUUGGUUGGCUAGAUUCGAUGUGAUCCUUGUACAAGGAAAUGUGAAGUUAAUUGAGGCUAUAAAUGGAGAAACAGAUAAAGUACGGUAUUAUUUACACAGUGAGGACUUAUUUGAUAUUCUGCAUGAUACACAUCUCAGCAUUGGACAUGGUGGACGUACUCGCAUGGAGAAGGAAUUACAAGCUAAAUACAAGAACAUCACAAAAGAAGUUAUCAUGCUAUAUCUGACACUCUGUAAACCAUGCCAGCAGAAAAACUCAAAACUCAAGAAAGUUCUAACAUCAAAGCCAAUUAAGGAAAUUAACUCCAGGUGGCAAGUAGAUCUCAUAGACAUGCAGUUGAAUCCUGAUGGGGAGUAUAAAUUUAUUAUGCAUUAUCAAGACCUUCAUACGAAGUUAAGUUUUUUGAGGUCACUAAAAUCUAAGAGGCCUCAGGAAGUUGCACAUGCUCUUUUAGAUAUUUUUGCAGUUAUUGGAGCACCCAGUGUCUUACAGUCCAAUAAUGGGAGAGAAUUUUCAAGUCAGAUCAUCACAGAACUCAGUAAUAUUUGGCCAGAAUUAAAGUUGGUCCAUGGGAAGCCUCAGGUUUGCCACAGUUCUACAGAAGAAACUGAGGAAAUCCAAAAGAGAAUCUUCUCCUGGAUGCAAAUGAACAAUUCACCACACUGGGCUGAAUUUUUGUGGUUCAUUCAGAUGAUCCAAAACCAGCCCUAUCACAGAGGCAUGCAGCAGACUGCAUGUGAAGAUGUAUUUAGCUCUGAAGCUAAGCUAGACCUGUCUCACUCUCAGUUGACUGAAGAGCUCGUUGGCAGACUGCACAGAGAAAAUAAAUUAGACCAGGUUAAUAAAGAGCUAGAAAAUACUCUCAGAGCCCAGUAUGAAGAAUACAUUGAGACUAGAACAGAUAGUGACAUUGAAGAAAAUCUUUCCAUUACCACUAAAGUGGCUAAAAAUUCCCCUCCUGAAAGCAGGUUAAGAUUUUUAUGCUGUGUACUUUGUGAAAAAGAAUCCAUAGGUGCUAGUAAUUGUGUAUCAUAUCUUGGAAAUGUCCAUGCCCUCCAUGGGGUGUCUUCUCACCAGGAGGCUUCAGGCUGUGGUCGACAAAUAACUGGUAGUCUUUGUCAUGAGAUCAGUACAAUGAAAAGGAAACAGGAGGUUCACAGAGGGUUGCAUGUUCAACCGUCCAAAAUGCUAAAGCCAUCAGUGACACCAUUUUCACCAGACACAGUAGGAGACUGGGUGGCGAAACAAGCUUCACUGGACUUUCUUGUCAAGAAAAGACACACUUUCUUGGAAUAUAGCAAUAGUAAUAAAAAAAAAAUGGUAACAAUAGAAGUUAUCCUGGAGAGAGAAAAGCCAAAAGAGUUCAUACGAGUUUUACUCAGAAAUAUGAUCCUUCAUACAUUGAGUUCGGUUUUGUAGCUGCAAUUGAUGGUGAAGUGCUAAAGCCACAGUGCAUUAUUUGUGGAGAUGUAUUGGCUAAUGAAGCAAUGAAACCAUCAAAACUUAAGCGGCAUUUAUAUUCAAAACAUAAAGAAAUAAGUUCACAACCAAAAGAAUUCUUUGAGAGAAAGAGUAGUGAAUUAAAAAAUCAACCAAAGCAGGUAUUCAAUGUUUCUCAUAUAAAUAUUAGUGCUCUGAGGGCUUCCUAUAAAGUAGCACUUCAGCUGCCAAGUCCAAAACACCAUACACAAUUGCUGAGACACUUGUGAAAGACUGUAUCAAAGAAGUUUGCUUGGAAAUGUUGGGUGAAUCUGCAGCAAAGAAAGUAGCACAAGCACCACUUUCCAAUGACACCAUAGCUCGCCGAAUUCAAGAGCUGGCUAAUGAUAUGGAAGAGCAACUCAUAGAACAGAUAAAGUUGGCAAAAUACUUCUCAUUGCAACUUGAUGAGUGCAGAGAUGUUGCUAACAUGAUAAUUCUUUUAGUCUAUGUGAGGUUUGAACAUGAUGGUGACAUAAAGGAAGAAUUCUUUUUUUCAGCCUCUUUACCUCCAAACACAACUAGCUCAGAACUGUAUGAAGCUGUGAAAAAUUACAUUGUUGACAGAUGUGGCUUGGAAUUUAAGUUUUGUAUAGGAGUGUGUUCUGAUGGCACAGCUUCAAUGACAGGAAAAUAUUCCAAAGUGGUCACCCAGAUUAAGGAACUUGCUCCAGAAUGUAAAAUAACACAUUGCUUCAUCCAUUACGACAGUCUUGCUAUGAAAAAAAUAUCAGCUGAACUAUAUAGUGUGCUUACUGACAUAGUAAAAAUUGUGAAUUAUAUAAAAUCUAAUGCGGUAAAUUCAAGAUUGUUCUCUUUAUUAUGUGAUAAUAUGGAAGCUGAUCAUAAGCAACUGUUACUGCAUGCUGAGAUACGGUGGCUGUCUCGGGGAAAAGUUCUAUCGAGAGUGUUUGAAAUAUGAAAUGAUCUCAGUCUUUUUGCAAGGCAAGAAACCUGUUUGGUCUCAACUUUUUGAAGAUGUGAAUUGGAUAUCGAGGCUUGCUUAUUUAUCUGAUAUCUUUAGUAUUUUUAAUGAUCUUAAUGCUUCUUGCAAGGAAAAAAUGCAACAUGUUUUUCAAUGGCAGAUAAGAUCGAAGGACAAAAACGAAAGUUAGAAAGUUGGAAAAACAGAAUUUCUGAAAAUUGUUAUGACAUGUUCCACAAUUUAACAACAAUCAUUAAUGAAGUUGAUAAUCUUGAUAGUGCACAUCUGCGGAAAGUUAUCAGUGAACAUCUUAAAAAUUUGUUAGAGUGUCUUGAAUUUUAUUUUCCUUCAGAAGAAGAUCCACGUUUAGGAAAUUCAUGGAUCCAAACCCAUUUCUCGCAUCAAAAGAUAAUUUGAAUUUAACUGUAGCCUUACAUGAUAAGUUGUUGGAACUAGCUUCUGAUGAGGGUUUAAAAAUAAAAUUUGAAAAUACAGUA